CGAGCGCGCAGCAGGAAAGCCGCCGGGCGCCAUACUGCUUUCGUUCGUUCGGCACAGUACGCGCCCAGCGCCUACGCGGAUCGUCGCGGUGCUCGUCGUCCUCGUUUGUCGUCGCUGGUGGUGUAGUUCUCUUAUUUUUUCAUUUUUUUCACCCUCACGAAUUUUUACGCUAACCCGUGCGUGCUCGCAACAAGGCCGGUCGAACGAGACACCGAGAGAUAGAGAGAAAAAAAGUACAUCGUUUCAGUUCGGCUGCAGCCGGCGCCGCCGCUGCUGUCGCUGUUCUUUUCUCGACCGGCUUGCGUGGAGCGUGCGUCUUUCUCGUCGGUGCGAAUACAGUGGUGGAAGAAGAAGCAUACGGGAUUUUACACGCUCGUGAGGACUGGCUACACGUUUCUCUGUCUGGCUUUGGAGCUGGCCGGCUCUACGCAUCCCGCUAGGCAGUUCAGCAUGAUAUGAUAACAGCGACCGAGGAUAACUCCCCCGCAAGAUGAAGAAUCCUUACGUCCUCGCGUGUUUCCUGCUCGUUGCGCCCGCGGUGCUGGGCCUCACCCUGCAGGAGGACGAUCUGGUGUUCGACGACGUCGGCGAAGAGGGGACCAGCACCGCAGCAACGGUGAUCAGUCGUCGUUACGACGAGCGCAAGGCCAACUGGUUCGAGCAGAAGUAUCCCCACGAGAUUAAGAGGCACCAAUUCGACAAGGUGAACAACGUGCCCCACGUCGUGGUGCCAGUUGGCCACGUGCUUAAGCUUCGUGUCCACAAGGAAGCGUUCACGGGGCCCGAAGAUUACUACGAGUUGUUCGACUCGAGCGGGAACAAGCUACUUCGAUGGCUGUACUGGGACGACGCGGCGUCGACCCUGAUGGGCGUCCCGACGAAGAAGGACGUGGGGAGCCGUCGCCUGAGCGUGAAGGUGGUGCCAAAGGACGAUGUCGCCACUACGAAGGACCUGUUCGUCGUGCAAGUGGUCCCAGAAAAGCACGAGGAAUUGAAGCACAGGGACGGAAAGACACACUGCAACGAAGGGGAGGAACAGACGUUGCUGACGAUACUGUUGGACGCAAAGUUCGACAACCUCACGCCGGUCACGCGAGUCAACACCAUCGAGAACCUCGCAGGAUUUCUGGGACUUCACGUGAGCGCAUUUUCGAUGCAUCCGCAAAACGCCAAAGAGAAUUUCAACGCUGAUUCCACGAUUUUAAUUACCAAUUAAAAUAACCAUUCUGUAUAUUUGAAUUACAAGGUCGGUUGUGACGGUCAUUUAUGGAGACACCAGACAGAUUUGGUGAAACAUCUGCGAGAACAAGCGAAGGAUGGCACUCUGGCGGAAGUAAUGCAACUUCCGGUCCUAUUAUGGCGCGUUAAAACGGAAUCGAGCCUGUUACUAAGAAGCAGAAGAGAGAGCGGUUCCGGACAUUAUAGUAAUCCGGAUUACGACAGUUACGAUUAUGAUAUUGAAUACGAUGGUGAAGAUGGCGAGGAUGGCGAGGAUGGUGAGGAUGGAGAGGACGGCGAGGAUGGGGAUGACUCGCAAGUACAGCCAACGUUCAUGCCCGAAACUAAUCCUAGGGAAAAUCUUGCCCCGGAGCAUCCUCACAGGCAUCACCAUGGGGAGGAACCUAUCGAUUGGAACACCGAAGAUGAUAACGAUGAUCUUAUAAUACCCGACACUCAUCCAGACAUAAUAGAGAGUGUAUUAAAUAGAACCACUACAGACGCCAUGUCAACUACAACAACCACUGAACUUACAUCACCACCAUCAACAACUCCAACAACCACCACCACGACGACUACCUCAACUACUUCGACAACAACAACAACAACAACAACAACAACUCAACAACCACCCUCGUCAACGGCCACUAGUACUACUACUAGCACAACAACGAGUACAACAAUAGCAGAUACAACAACAGCAACCAUUAUGCCGACCAUCAUUGUUCCAUCGACCGAGCCACCGGAGAAAUCGGAGAUAACGAUCGAAGAGACAACGAAGAAUACCAGAUACACGGAGACUGAUUCUUUAAAUGUCUCAUCUGUCACUAUACCAGAACUCACCACCAUCCCCCCUUCGGUAAUUGUACCCCAUUCUAGCACCAUUACCACCACUACCACUACUGGAACCAUCCCUACCACUGUUGUUGUCGAAAGGACGGAAACGGAUGUGACCAGUGGUACCAUUAAUGUCACUACGGAAGAGCCGACAGAACAAUCGUCUAUGACCUCGACGAAACAAUCCAGUACUCUGUUACCUGUCACAGUACCUGCGAACACUACAAUCACAACCACAACUACAGCAUUCGUUACAUUCUAUAACACUACAACUACAACACCAAUAAUAACGACACAGAUGAGAACAACGCCAACUACCACAACAACCACCACCACCACCACUACCACUACUACUAUGGCUCCAACCACUGCCAGUACAACCACCACCACGACCACUACCACUCCAGCGCCGACCAGCGCUGCUACUGAACCAGCUAGAGUUAUCACGGAAACCGAGUACGAAGUUCACAACUUUGUACCUAAACAAGAUAGAAGAUUGAAGAAAAUACCUGUCACAGCUGGAAAACCGUUAAGCUAUGUCAUACCUGCCAACACGUUUAGCGAUAUAGAAGAUGGAGAUACCAGGAAUUUGAGACUAAGUUUAUAUCUACAAGGUGCACCGUUAAAAUCCACUCACUGGUUGCAGUUUAAUCAAAAAACACAGGAAGUUUAUGGAUUGCCACUAGAGAACGAUAUUUCUACCUGGACUUACGAAUUGGUAGCUGCCGAUAGCGAGGGAUUAAAUGUGACAGAUCGACUUGAUAUUCACGUACAGCAGCACAAGCUUAGUCGGACUGUAAAUCAUGAAUUUAGUAUAUAUUUAAGGAUCGAUAAGCGAACUGAAUUUCCUACAGACGUAGACUGGGAGCUAAAGGUAAUUCGAAGUAUAGCCGAAUUAUAUGAAGAUAGCGAUACCAGACAUAUUACUGUUAGAUCAGUCGAUAUCGAUCGCGAUCAGGCGAUUUUCACUUGGACCAACGAUAGUUUGCCUAGAAGCAGCGAUUGUCCUAAAGAUUAUAUCAACGAUUUAUUACAUGUUUUGAUUGAUAGAAAUGGUGAUCCUAGUUCUUCGCUGAGAAAUGUUCUUCUUCCUGAAAUUAGAGUAAAACGAGUAGUUUAUCAAGGCAUUGGGCAAUGCGAAGAUAUGACCCGUCCAGAAGUGCCAAAAGUUUCCACGCAGGAGCCUAAAUCAAAUUUCCCGCCACUACCAAGAAAUCAAGUGGAUCUUGUCAAUGCCACUGUUGGUCAAUUACUUGUAUUUAAAGUACCAGAGGAUACUUUUUACGAUGCAGAAGAUGGUUCUGCAAGAAACAUGAAAAUGUCUCUGCUAACUAUUGAACGCAAACCUAUUCCGCCAUACGAGUGGUUGCAAUUCGAUAGUAAAAAUCAAGAAUUUUAUGGAGUACCAAUGCGUAGUGACGUUGGACGUAAAGAAUAUCAAUUAGUAGUUACUGAUAAAGAAGGCGCAAGCGCCACCGAUGGCCUAGUGGUUGUGGUUCAUUCUGCUCCUUUUAUGCAACACACAGUAGAAUUUUCCAUGACAUUGGAUAUCCCAUAUGAAUCAUUUGCACAUUCUGCUCUUCAAAAGCGCAAUUUUAUUGAAAAGUUACGUGAUUUGUAUCAAGAUAAAGAUACUAAUGCAAUCUCAUUGCAUAGCAUAUCAAAUGGUAGCACAGUAAUCACGUGGCACAACAGAACUUUGCCUACCUCGUAUUGCGCGCAUGAAGAAGUUAGCAGAUUGCGUUCAGUGCUUGUUAAGAGUGAUAAUGAUCGUCGAUCCGUUACAGAUGAAGUCCUUGAGAUCAUGGGUUUAAAAUUCCCUGUUAAACAAAUCACUGUGAUUCCCAUGGGCAUUUGUCUUGGCGAAUUAACAGACGUUCAUUCGCGUGACAAUCAUGUUCCACCAGUGGACGAUUCCACUUCAGUUGGGGCGUUCCACGAUGAUUAUCUUAUCACAUUCGUCCUGCCAGCUAUAAUAAUCGCCAUAAUGCUCAUUUUAGCAGGCAUCAUUGCAUGCGUGUUUUAUAGACGAAGGCGUAGUGGGAAAAUGAGUGUCAGCGAACAAGAUGACGAAAGACAAAGUUUCCGUAGCAAGGGAAUACCGGUUAUUUUCCAAGAUGAAUUGGAUGAAAAACCAGAUCCAGGUAACAAGUCUCCUGUCAUUUUAAAAGAAGAGAAACCACCGUUACCACCUCCCGAAUAUCAAAAAGCCGAAGACGGUGCAGAUGUACCAAUGUUGCCAAAGGAGAAUUCCGAAGAACCGUACCAACCACCUCCACCAUUCGCCACGAAUCGCGACACUAAUCGUCAGAAUCGUCCUAAACCUACUCCUACGUACAGGAAACCACCUCCAUACGUACCUCCCUAACAAAAUACGGUUCACUCGCCUACGCGCAAAUAUAUGUUAGCGAUGCUCGGAGACUCCCCAAUUCACGCGCAAAACCAAACCAAUUAUCAGAAAAAAUCUCAGCUUGCCGGUAAAAUCGACAACUGCGGAUCUCUGAACGUAUACAACAAUCUUAAGUAAAAAAGAAAAAAAAAGAAAAAAAAAAAUGCUUUCGUUCGUCCCGGCAUUCAAUAUCAAUAUAUAAUAUAUAAUAUAUCGGUAUUACGAUACAAGAGAAGAUGAAAGAUCUGUUCGUGAGAAUUCACAACAAAAGUCACGCCCAUUUUAUUUACUUUAUUAUAUAAUCUACAUAUAUAUAUAUAUAUAUAUGUAUAUAUAUGUAUAUAUAUAUGUAUAUGUAUGUACUCAUUUAUCGCUAUUUAUCCGCGGUAUUUAAAGGAAGAGAAAGAAAAGAAAUAAGAGGGAAAUCGUCCAUAAAUUUCUUUUCUUUUUCUUCUUCAUUUUAUUUUUAUUUUAACAAAUGUACUUUUGUCAUUAUCGACCGUCUUGUAAUUUCACGGGAAACUUUUUCUAGGGAGUGUAUGGGAUUACAAAUCACGCGUUGCCUUUCGUAACGAAUUCAAACUGUAGAAAGAGAGAGAGAGAGAGAGAAAGGGAGAGAGAGAAUGAUUCACUACUCUGACCGGGUAAGCGGAUAUUUUAGGUUUUAGGUUUAUGAAACUUGUAGAACCAGCCAAGUCGUUUAGGGCGAAAUGUAUUUUACUUGAUAAUAUGAGGAUAGGAAAAAGAACCAAUGUGUAUAUGCAGCAAUGAUACUCGUUAAAUAUUUCAGUAAUAUCAGUGCCAUUUUUUAAGCAAUAAGGGUAUCCUGCUGUGAAUGAUGAAAACACAUAUAAUGGUUCUAUGACUUAACACAAUUUACUGUUUAAAAAAAAAAAAAAGAAAAAGAAAAAUGCGGUCUCCAAGUAUCAAAGACUAUUGACUUAACGAAUCUUACAACGUACCUAUAAUGCAUAACGCUGCCAGAUAAAAAAAAAAGAAAUAUGAUAAUUCGUCGUCGGAUGAGAUAGUUUUAUUGCUAGUUAUUCAAGAUUUUUUUUAUACUGUCCAUUUUAUAAGAGGAAGGAAUAUUGAAAAGGAAACGAAUAUCAGUUUCAAAUAUUCUACGAUUUUAUUGAACUGACCCAUCCGACAAUCGAUUGUCAGACUUAAACGAUUAACUUAGUAAAACGUGAAGAUUUUUUUAAAGAAAAAAGAAAAACGUAACUUAAUCGUGUAUAUCUGUUUGCGCGAUAUGCCAUUGCAGAGUGACAGCAAAUGCUUCCAUUGGCGCUGUAGGCCAUGCAGAAUAAAAGAAAAAUUAAUGAUAAUAUAUACAAAUAUAUUAUAUAUAUAUAUAUAUAUAUAUAAAUAUGUAUAUUACCUAUUUGUCGUUCGAUAGACAGUCUGCUGCAGUUACUUAGAUCAAUGUUCGAAAACACUGCCAGAUCCACCUCAUAUAAUAUAACAUUUACAUUGUCUUGCUCUUUUUAUUUUUUUAUUUUAUUUUAUUUUUAUUCGCAAUGUACAACGGGCUUUCUACUCGUUUUACGCACAAUCUGACAAGAAAUUGUUUCUUUUUUUUAAUUAUAACUAUAUUCUGUGACUAUUAUUUAAAGUUCUUUGUUUCUAUUUUUUUUAGCUUGAAAAACAAUUUUAUCUUUUAAUAAUUCUAAAUCUGUUGAAAACUUAAUUUUAAUUUAGAUUUUAUAUAGUUACCAAGCCAAAAAACUAAUUAAUUAAAACAAAAAAAAAUGGGAUUAAAUAAGAUGGAACAAAAGGAGAGAAGGACAAAGUAAUAAGACCUACUUUUUAACAUAUACAAACAAGCGUAAACACCCGUACAUCCUUCGGCGCAUACGCAUUUUUUUAUAAGAAUAAUUUUAUAAUCUAACAAACUGCUCUGUUGCAAAGAAGAAUUCUGACUAAUUUCAAUGAAUGAAUAAAU